AUGGCCAAGAAAGCGAUCGACUCCAGAAUCCCAUCUCUCAUCAGGAAUGGUGCUCAGACGAAGCAAAGAAGUUUCUUUGUGAUUGUUGGCGACCGGGCUCGUAACCAGCUGCCUAAUUUGCAUUAUUUGAUGAUGAGUGCAGACUUGAAGAUGAACAAGUCAGUGCUUUGGGCAUACAAAAAGAAGCUGCUGGGCUUCACUUCCCAUCGCAAGAAGAGGGAGACCAAGAUCAAAAAAGAAAUCAAGAGAGGCACCCGUGAGGUCAACGAACAGGACCCUUUUGAAACUUUCAUUUCAAACCAAAAUAUCAGGUACGUCUACUACAAGGAAACCGAAAACAUUUUGGGUAACACGUACGGAAUGUGCAUACUACAAGAUUUCGAGGCUUUGACGCCGAAUUUGCUGGCCAGGACUGUGGAAACUGUUGAAGGUGGUGGUAUUGUCGUGAUCCUAUUGAAAUCCAUGUCGUCUUUGAAGCAACUGUAUACCAUGUCCAUGGAUGUCCACUCCAGGUACCGCACAGAGGCCCAUAACGACGUAGUGGCACGUUUUAAUGAGAGAUUCAUCCUUUCUUUGGGAUCGAAUGAAAACUGUCUGGUCGUAGAUGACGAACUCAACGUCCUUCCGAUCUCUGGCGGUAAGAAUGUGCAACCGCUUCCUCCAAAAGACGAUCAAGAAAUAUCGCCCCGAGAGCAAGAAUUGAAAGACUUGAAAGAAUCGUUGGAAGAUGUACAACCUGCUGGUUCUCUUGUCGGACUAUCCAAGACUGUGAACCAGGCGCAAGCCAUUCUCAACUUUAUAGAUGCGAUCUCAGAGAAGAAACUCAACUCUACCGUGGCUUUGACAGCCGGAAGAGGAAGAGGUAAAUCUGCUGCCCUCGGUAUCGCAAUUUCUGCCGCCGUAUCUCAUGGUUACUCUAACAUUUUCGUGACAUCUCCAUCGCCGGAGAAUUUGAAAACUCUCUUCGAAUUCAUUUUCAAAGGAUUUGACGCUUUGGGGUAUCAAGAACAUUUGGACUAUGAUAUCAUCCAGUCCACAAAUCCUAGCUUCAACAAAGCAAUCGUCAGAGUAGACAUCAAAAGGGGCCACCGCCAAACUAUCCAGUACAUUGUGCCCAAUGACAGUCAUGUAUUGGGCCAAGCAGAGCUUGUGGUUAUAGAUGAGGCAGCUGCCAUUCCUUUGCCGGUUGUGAAAAACCUUUUGGGUCCGUAUCUAGUAUUCAUGGCAUCCACAAUCAAUGGUUACGAAGGUACCGGAAGGUCUCUUUCGCUAAAGUUGAUCCAGCAGCUUAGAGACCAAUCUAACUCCUCUGGUAGGGAGUCAUCAGAAACUAUGGUUGUUUCUCGUGAUAGUAGAAAAGCUGAGCAACAUGUGUCGGGUCGCACAUUAAGAGAAGUUAUCCUGGAUGAACCAAUCAGAUAUUCCCCAGGAGAUCCAAUGGAAAAAUGGCUAAACAAGCUUCUCUGUCUGGAUGUAACAUUGAUCAAAAACCCUCGCUUUGCUGCCAGAGGUACCCCGCACCCUUCAGAGUGCAACCUUUUCUUGGUGAACAGAGAUACUCUUUUCUCAUACCAUCCAGUCUCGGAGUCUUUCUUGGAAAAAAUGAUGGCUCUGUACGUGGCCUCCCAUUACAAAAACUCUCCUAAUGAUUUACAACUGAUGAGUGACGCUCCUGCACAUCAGCUCUUUGUUUUGCUUCCUCCGAUAAAUCCUAAGGAUGGUAUAAGAAUCCCAGAUCCGUUGGUGGUUGUUCAAGUCGCAUUGGAAGGUGAGAUCUCAAAGGAGAGCGUCAGAAGCUCACUAUCGCGUGGUCAAAGAGCUGGCGGUGACUUGAUUCCAUGGCUGAUAUCUCAGCAGUUUCAGGACGAUGAAUUUCCAGGUCUCAGUGGUGCUCGUGUGGUUCGUGUGGCAACUAACCCUGAGUAUGCAUCCAUGGGGUAUGGGUCGCGAGCCAUUGAGUUACUGAGAGACUAUUACGAAGGUAAGUUCACAGAUUUGAGUGAAAACUCAACCCCGAAGGUACAUGAGAUCAAGAGAAUCGAUGAUAGAGAUCUCGCCAAGACCAAUCUGCUGAAAGACGAUGUGAAGUUAAGGGAUGCCAAGUCACUUCCACCAUUGCUUUUGAAACUUUCAGAGCAAGCACCACAAUACCUACAUUACUUAGGUGUUUCCUAUGGGCUGACAAGUCCGCUGCAUAAAUUCUGGAAAAGAAACAAUUUCAUUCCAGUGUAUUUGCGCCAAACGGCCAAUGAUCUCACUGGUGAGCACACUUGCGUGAUGCUUAAUGUGUUAGAUGGGAGGGAAUCUCACUGGCUAACGGAAUAUGCAAAGGAUUUCCGCAAAAGGUUCUUGUCCCUUUUGGCUUACGAUUUCAGUAAGUUUACCGCUGUUCAAGCGCUGAACGUCAUUGAGAGCACCAAGAAGGCACAAGAGUUGAACGUUGAAACAAAACCAGAGACUGCCUUGACCAGGGAAUAUCUUGACUCGAUACUUUCACCUUUCGAUAUCAAGAGACUCGACAGCUACGCCAACAACUUGCUGGACUACCACGUUAUUGUGGACAUGCUGCCAAUGUUGGCUGCUCUUUACUUCAGUGGCAAAAGUGGCCAAGGCGUGAACUUGUCGAGUGUUCAGGGCGCUAUUCUGCUUGCUGUUGGUUUACAACACAAGAGCCUGGAUGAUAUUUCCAAAGAGCUGAAUUUGCCUUUCAACCAAACUGUUGCCAUGUUUGCGAAGAUCAUUCGUAAGUUUUCGGUCUAUUUCCGGGAGGUUUUGAGCGCUUCGAUCGAGCAGACUUUGCCGGAAUUGAAAGACGCAGAAGUUGAAGAAAUGGAUGGUAACGAAGUCCAGGCUUUGGAUGCUGCCGCAGCUCUCGACAAGAUGGACGACGAGCUUGAAGAAGCGGGAACCCGUGCCAAUGCACAACUUCGUGACAAGCAGCGUGAACUUAUCAACAAUUUGAACUUGGAUAAAUACGCUAUCGACGACAACACAGAGGAAUGGGCCGAUUCCAAAAAAGAUUUAGACCGUGCUGCCAAAUCCAACGGCACUGCUGCUGUCAAAUCUAACAAGAAAAGAAAGACGGAAAGCUCCCAAGAAAUCUACAACCAGGAGAUGAAGGCCUUGAACAAAGCCAAAAAGAAGUCCAAGAAAUAA